UGAUACUGUAAGAUCAGGAGUCAGAUCUGUAAAUUGAAUGGUUUGUUCAUAUUCAGGCUGCAGGAUGUUCUGUUGCUCUCAAGAGGAAGAGGAGGGCAAACACUCUGAAUAGUGUGGCCUGUUUCAUCACCGGUCCAGAACACCAGAACCCAGUGGCCCAUUUGCAGAAGAUAUGGCUGUGCCACUCUUACCCUCCACCACACAGCUAGUUUCCAUGUAACACUAUAAAUGUGCCACUCAAAGCUAACUUUAUCACCCAUCACUUCACCUCUUCCGCCUCAGCUUCCCUCCUUUUCUCGCUCCUCGUGCUCUCCAGCACCUUUCUCAGCCCUUUCUUCCUCAUGCUUCUGACCCUCCUGCCCCUGCCUGCCCUCCCCCUCUCUACCUCUGUACCUUUCACCUGUUUGUCUUGUACCCCGUUCACUACUCCUCUGCGCCCAGUGCCAUAAUGGUCUGCUGUGGCCGAGCACUAGACUCUCCCUGUACUCUGGCUCUGCUGGUGGGCUUCCAGUUUGCGUUUGUCCUCUAUUUCUCCCUGGGGGGCUUCCGUGGUCUGGUCUCCGUGCUGGUCCACUCCUCGGAGCCUGAGUUCGACUACUCCCGCCCACAUGACGUCUACACCAACCUCAGCCAACUCAGUGCCCUGCUGCCUCCUCAGCCAGGCCCCACCGGAGCGAACCAGCAGCUCCGAGACUGCCUGCUGCCCUCUCCACUGCUGGUGGGGCCUGUAUCUGUGCGCUUGUCCUCUCCCCCGUCCCUGGAAGAGAUAAAAGAGAAGAACCCUCUGGUGACGCUGGGGGGCCGUUACCGCCCACCGGAUUGUGAGCCGAGGCACCAUACGGCCAUCGUGGUCCCCUACCGGAAUCGGCAGAGCCACCUAAGAACACUCCUUUACCACCUGCAUCCCUUCCUGCAGAGACAGCAGAUACAUUACAGCAUCUAUAUUGUACACCAGUCAGGGAACUCAACGUUUAACCGUGCGAAGCUACUGAACGUAGGAGUGCGAGAGGCUCUGAAGGAGGAGGACUGGAGUUGCAUCUUCCUUCAUGAUGUUGACCUACUCCCAGAAAAUGACCACAACACCUACACCUGCCACCCGCAGUACCCCACUCACCUUUCUGUGGCUAUGGACAAGUUCAGAUACAGGCUCCCAUAUCCGCAGUAUUUUGGAGGGGUGUCAGCCGUCACUCCAGAUCAAUACCUCAAAAUGAAUGGCUUUCCAAACCAGUACUGGGGCUGGGGAGGAGAAGACGAUGACAUUGCGACUAGAGUUCGUCUCUCUGGGAUGAAGAUAGUGCGCCCCCCUGUGGCCAUUGGCCAUUAUAAGAUGAUUAAGCAUAAAGGGGACCAGGGUAAUGAGCAGAACCCCAGAAGGUUUGACUUGUUGAAGCGCACCAGGCUAAACUGGAGAUCAGAUGGUCUCAACUCAUUGACCUAUGAGCUUCUGUCCAAAGAGCUCGAGCCGCUGUACACGAACCUGUCCGUUAACAUUGGGGAAGACCCUCAUCCUCCUCCGAAAAAGUCUGAGCCCCCUCGGAAUGUCACUCGCCCUACAGCCAAGCCCAUGGCCAGGAGCAAAGAUCUGGGAAAACUGGGUGUCUUCUCCACUCAAGCACCCAAACUGGAGCAUGCCCACUCUAAAGUGGCCAACAAGAGUUCAGGUGUUGUUCAGAAAGCUGUUGUGAAACAGGAAGUUGGUUGAUGGCAAACACGUAGUCCGUAAACAAUCGGCACAAGUACCAUACAGGGUAAUUUCUCGAAUGGAUGGUGCACUUGUAACAUGCCGGUUUGCUUCGUUUUCUGUUUUAAAAUCAUGGAGCUUUGCACUGAGGUGUCAUUACACUGAAGGUCCACCAACAGGGGUGACGUUUUAACUGCUCAUUCCCCUCUGGAGGAUCUCCAACACUGGCAUGGUGUCAUUUGCACAAACUUGCUGUACCAUCUUCUGAAGCUCACCCUGCCAUGGGACGGAUCUGAGAGAGAGCCGAGUUGAAAGUAUCCUGAAAGUGACCUGUUCGUGUGCACUUGUGCUGUAGAGACACUUGCACCAGUGCUAGUCCCUGUGUGCUUAUUCAGCCAGCCUGCUGUCAGCUGCUAAUCUUCACCCCACCGUGUGGGUUUGUCUCUCUGUGCCUUUUUUCUCACUCUAGAACCAGUCUCUAUCAGCGUCUUACUACAUAUGUUCUCAAACCCCAAGACAAACACAUAUUAGUUCGCACUGGUGUGUCGGAGUAAUACUAGAGCUUAAUUUCUGAUCCUCUUAUUUCUAAUCAGCACACACUGCUUUGUGAUCUUGCGCUUGAGCAGACUGUUAUCACUGUGGACUAUUUUUGGUCUUGCUCCGGAAACGUUCAUCACAUGUUUGCACAGGUUCGUGUUCUUGUUUUAGAGACAUUUGUUCUUCUAACAGUGAGCACUGACUCGUUUUUUUCUUUAAGCUGCUCAAAUCACUAUUUAUAUUUUUGUUAUGGAGUCUAAUAGAGUAUAUUUGAUCGAGUUAUUGUAUGGUGCCUCUGUUGAUUUUGGUUUUGGUUAGACAAUCAGUGAGAAGUAAACUAGGUGGCAAAUCAUAUAUCAAAUGGGUCGUAGUUUUUAUCAUUAUAAUAAAUUACUCUAGCUUGUUAGUUUGAUUCAGUUUAGAACGUUCUAAUAUAAUAGAUUUUGUUAUUAAGGUAUUAAAGUUAUCAGCGUUAAGUGGAUUAAUUUUAAGGAGGUGUGAACUCCAUCUGUUGCUAUGUUGCUAUAAUGCUAAAUAGUUCUGGGCCUUUGUGCAUCAGCUGUAUUAAUUCUACCCCAGCCAACAUUUGCCAUAUGCAAAAUAUUACACGGUUAAACUUUUUUAUUUAUUUAUUUAAAUAUUCCAUGACUGAAAAUAAUUUCUAAUUAUCACAUAACACUGGGACUCAUUCACCGACUGUCUUCUUAAAACGCACUUGUGCAAUUUUCAUGAAGAUUCUGACGUUCAACAGUGUUUUCUUAUGUAUUCUUAGGUGAGAACAGAAUCUGCACACACAUUUAAAAGCACAAAGGUGUGAACAGUUCUGUGCUUUAAGAACACAUAAUGAGUCUUAUGUAGACUUUUUAUUAGGACCUUUCUCAAGAACAAAUUUAAGAAAAAACUUAGUGAAUGAGGCCCAAUGUUAUCACUAUAUACAGUACUGUGCAAAAGUCAGAGACCACCCUUCAUUUAUUUAAUUUCCAGUCAAAAUGGCCAGUAAGUACAAGUUGCUUACUGGGGCAGUCAUGGGCUGCAGGUUAGGGAACCAAUGGUUCGAUCCCCUGAGCUGACAGGACACGACUGAAGUGCCCUUGAGCACUUUAACCUCCAAACCUCCAAACUGCUCCCCGGGCCCCGUGGAUAGGGCUGCCCACUGCUCCGGGCAGGUGCGCUCACUCCCCCCUAGUGUGUGUGUGUGUUCACCAGUGUGCAGGUAUGUGGGUGUUUCACUGC